CGGAACAUGUGAUUUAUUUUUAUCUAUAGUUGAAAAACAUCUAUUAUAAAAACAUAUCUGAAAUGUAAAAUGCAGCGCUUACAGUUCCCUGGCAUGUGAAAAAUAUUGAUAAUUUAUUAUGAUCAAAUGAUCACUACAAGUAAACACUAUUUAUCUUCAUGUAUUUUCUAUGUUUUAUAACAAAUUUAUGCCCUAUGAGGUCAAGCAGUUGUUUAUUCGAAAAACAGAGUAGAUAAAUAGUUGCGUAGAUAUCGCCAGACAAUAUUUUAUCGUCGCACAGUAUCCUGUCUUCUCGUAUCGUGACUUUUUUUCUCUGGUCUCUGCCUACAUAAAUACAUACUUACCAAUAAAGCAAUCGUGUUACAUCAGCGACAGAUAAGCAUGUGACAUGUGACAGAUAAACAUAGAUGAUCUAGAGCACAUGCGCAAUGAGCGAAUGCAGAAGAUGCACGAGAUUUAUCAGUAAUUUAUCUUUGUCUAUCGUUGGUGACACGCUCUUUGCUGAUAAUAGAUUAUCGAAAUGUAGCAGCCGCGAUAACGGCAAGUCGUCCUCGACACGGUUGGCUCUGUGGCAAUACGAUCCACGUAAGUUGGAUCAGCAUCUUCUUACUUUCGUGAAGCGUAUCAAUUGUAUGUACGUUUAUGUGCUAUCGACCGGGAUUUCAUGAAAUCAAAUUUGUAAAAUUGAAGAAAAAAACAUGUCGCAGAUAAAAGUGCUGGAUGCUGGUUUCUCUACGCAACUGUCCACCCACGUAGGUGAAAAGAUCGAUGGUGAUCCUUUAUGGACCGCACGUUUCCUCAUAACUAAUCCGGACGCUGUCUUCGCUACGCACUUGGACUUCUUGCGAGCUGGCGCCGACGUUAUAUUGACGAACACGUAUCAAGCUACGAUUGACGGUUUUGUAAAAUAUUUGGAUAUCACCGAGGAAGAAAGUCUCCAGAUAAUUCGUAAGGCGGUCGACUACGCUAAAAAUGCCGUGAACGUUUAUAGUAAAGAAAUAGAAGGCGAUGCAAACGUGACGAACCGAAAACCCCUGAUCGCUGGGUCUUGCGGACCUUACGGCGCCUCUUUACACGAUGGCUCGGAGUACACCGGUUCGUAUUGCCCAGAUGUAUCGCGAAAAUUUUUGGUCGAUUGGCACAGGCCUCGUAUACGCACGUUGGUAGAGAAAGGUGUUGAUCUAUUGGCGAUAGAAACAAUACCCUGCGUUCGCGAGGCAGAAGCUUUAAUCGAUUUACUCAAGGAAUUUCCGGAUAUACACGCAUGGUUGACCUUCUCCUGUAGAAAUGACGGGAAGAGUAUAGCGGAUGGUAGCAACUUUCAGGAGAUCGCCGUGAGAUGUUACAAGAAUGCACUCCCAGGACAAAUAUUAGCGGUCGGCAUUAAUUGUAUUGCACCACAAUACGUUACCACCUUAUUGAAAGGCAUCAAUCGAAGCAGCUCGGACGAUUUUAUACCAUUGGUGGUAUACCCUAACAGUGGAGAGAAGUACAUAGUAUCCGAGGGAUGGAAGAAGGAAGGAGAGGCUCCCUCUUUGCACGAAUUUAUUGACGAAUGGCUGGAUCUUGGCGUUUGCUACAUCGGUGGAUGUUGUAGAACGUAUGCUACAGAUAUAAAAAAAAUACGAUCCAAAGUGGAUCAAUGGCAAACACAGCAUAUAGAUAUAUGAACUUUGCAUUGAAAGUGCCUAUUAUGUGUUUUCCAUGACAAUAAAUUAACAAUGCAUAUUGUGCCAUAAUAUUUAAUAUUUUAUGAAGCAAAUUGCUUUGUACUUCGGAUUAUGUGCCAUAUCAAGAUUUUAAUAAUUUACACCGAUAUAUUUUAAUACGUACUAAGUACUACAUUGGCCAAUCAUGGUCAUUCCUUUAAAGAAUGGAAUGACUGUAAUUGGACAAUAUAGUAUUUAGUACGUAUUAAAGUAUAUCGGUGUAAACUAGGACAUAAUCUAAUUUAUUUUGCAUACAAAAAAUAAUAAUUAAGUAUAAAUCAAGCAUUAUUAGUCUCACAAAAAUGUAUACAAUAUAUUUUUUAUUUAUAAUAAAACUAUUAUAC